UGAGAGUGGAAAAAAUGAGUUGGUUUAGUGGAAGAAUGGUUUUGUUAAACUGUGUCGUUUUGGCAUUGGCUCUUGCCUUAUGUUCUUCUGCCAAGGAAGUUACCUUUGAUGGAAGGGCACUCAUAAUCGAUGGAGAAAGAAAAAUUAUAAUUUCUGGCUCCAUCCAUUAUCCACGCAGCACUCCCGGAAUGUGGCCCUCUUUGAUGACGAAAGCAAAAGAGGGUGGAAUUAAUGCAAUCGAAACUUACGUAUUUUGGAAUGCCCAUGAGCCUCAACAAGGCCAGUAUGAUUUUUCAGGAAACAAUGAUUUGGUCAAGUUUAUUCAAACCAUACAGCAGCAAGGGCUUCAUGCUAUUCUUAGAAUUGGACCAUAUGUUUGUGCUGAGUGGAACUAUGGAGGGUUCCCCGUUUGGCUGCAUAACAUUCCGGGCAUCCAGUUCAGGACCAAGAAUGAUAUUUUCAUGGCUGAGAUGCAAAAAUUCACGACAUUAAUAGUAAACAAGAUGAAGGAUAAUAAGCUAUUUGCUUCCCAAGGAGGACCCAUCAUCCUUGCCCAGAUUGAAAAUGAGUAUGGAAAUAUCAAAGGCUCCUACGGAGAGGCUGGAAAUGAAUAUGUGAAAUGGUGUGCUGAGCUGGCACAAUCAUACAACGUCAGCGUUCCUUGGGUGAUGUGUCAAGAAGGCGAUGCUCCUCAGCCCAUGAUAAAUACGUGCAAUGGCUUUUACUGUGACCAAUUCAGACCCAACAACAAAAAUAGUCCCAAAAUCUGGACUGAGAAUUGGACUGGCUGGUUCAAGAAUUGGGGAUCAAGAGAUCCAUUGAGAACAGCUGAGGACCUUGCAUUUGCUGUUGGACGUUUCUUCCAAUAUGGUGGCUCCUUACAAAAUUACUACAUGUAUCAUGGCGGGACAAACUUUGGUAGAACUUCAGGAGGUCCAUACAUCACCACGUCUUAUGAUUACAAUGCACCUCUAGACGAAUAUGGGAAUAUACACCAGCCAAAGUGGGGGCAUUUGAAGGAACUUCAUCAUCAUUUGAUGUCUAUGGAGAAAGUUUUGACCUGUGGUGAUGUAAAACACACAGAAUAUGGCCAUUUGACAACAGCAACAGAAUACACCUUCAACGGGAAGUCGAGUUGCUUCUUUGGAAACGCAGAAAAUGGUGACAGGGAUAUCAUCUUCCGAAACAGAACCUACACUGUUCCUGGUUGGUCUGUCACCAUUCUCCCUGACUGCGAAACUGAAGCUUACAACACUGCAUGGGUAAAUACUCAAACAACACUAAGGGAGAUGAAAUCAAGCAGUGUCGCAAAGGUAAAAAAAGCAUUAACAUGGGAAUGGAGGAACGAGAAAAUAGAAAACAUGUUACAUGGUGAAGUUGAUGGGAGUGUUCUCACUGCCAAUCGCCUUCUUGAUCAAAAGUUGGUCACAAAUGAUACCAGUGAUUACUUGUGGUUAUUCACAGGUUUCCAUCUUAUGGGAUCCGACCCACUAUUUAACAAAAAACAUAUCAAAUUGCGAGUUCAGACCCGUGGCCAUAUACUUCAUGCAUUUGUCAACAAUCAUCACAUUGGUUCACAGUAUGCUCGAAAUGGCAAAUAUGAUUUCACAUUUGAGAAGCAAGUGAGGAAUCUAAUGCAUGGAUCCAACCAAAUUGUCCUAUUGAGUGCCACAGUUGGAUUACCUAACUAUGGAGCACACUUUGAGAAUUCUGAAGUAGGAGUUCAUGGCCCAGUUGAAUUGAUUGCUGAUGGAGAAACAGUGAGAGAUUUGUCAAACAACGAGUGGUUUUAUAAGGUUGGUUUGGAUGGUGAAAGAUAUAACUUUUUCGAUCCUAAUCAUCAAUUCAGAAAGCCGUGGUUGUCUGACAACCUUCCAUUAAAUCAGAAUUUCACUUGGUAUAAGACCACUUUCCCAACUCCUAAAGGACGUGAAGCAGUGGUGGUGGAUUUGCUAGGCAUGGGGAAGGGCCAUGCUUGGGUUAAUGGAAAGAGCAUUGGAAGAUAUUGGCCAAGUUAUCUAGCAAAUGAAAAUGGCUGCUCCUCAAACUGUGACUUCCAUGGGGCUUACUACGAUAGCAAGUGUGUCACUAACUGCGGAAAGCCUAGUCAAAGAUGGUACCACAUCCCACGUUCAUACUUAAAGAACACUGGAGACAACACACUAGUUUUGUUCGAAGAGUUUGGUGGGGGGCCAUUGGACAUAGAUAUCCAGACAACACGGGUGAGAAAAGUCUGUGCAAAGCCUUAUGAAGGAAGCACACUGGAGUUGUCAUGCCAUGAUAGAACCAUCUCUGACAUCAAGUUUGUGAGCUUCGGGAACCCCCGUGGCAGUUGUGAGAAUUUCCAGAAGGGUAGCUGCGACUCCUCCACUGCCUUUUCAGUGAUAAAAAAGGCAUGUCUCGGAAAAAGGAAAUGUUCCAUUGAAGUUUCAAAAAGUUAUCUUGGACUAACUGGUUGCAAGAAGAAACCGAAUCGGCUCGCAGUUGAAGUUACCUGUUAGGAUUUUCCUGUUUUCUUAGGUUUUUAGCUUGAAUACAACUUUCCCUGUUUUUUUGGUUUUUAGAUUUGGUACAAAUGUCCCUGUUUUUUUAGAUUUUUAGAUUUGGUACAACUUUCCCUAUUCUUUGGUUGUUGUUUCCCCUUAUGUUAAUAAUAACUUCUUUCUUUCCUUCA